GCAGAGCCAGCUGUUCUCAUUAGAAUAAAGUAAACAAGCUCAACCCAUUUUAAGUGGAAAAAAAAUGCGUCUUCAUCUGCAGGCUGCAGAGGUGCCCCUGGCCAGAGAGCUCAGGGGAGCGGGCAAGCCUCAGGCAGCAUGAGUUCCAAGUCGAAGUCCGUGGGGGUCAUCGGAGCCCCUUUCUCAAAAGGUCAGCCUCGAGGAGGAGUAGAAAAAGGCCCUUCGGCGUUGAGAUAUGCUGGUCUACUGGAGAAACUUAAAGAACAAGAGUGUGAUGUGCAGGACUACGGGGACCUGUCCUUCACCGAUGUCCCUAAUGACGCUCCCUUUGGAAUCAUGAAGAACCCCAGGACUGUGGGGAAAGCCACCGAGGAGCUGGCACACAUGGUGGCCAAGGUGCAGAAGAGCGGCAGAGUCAGCCUGGUCUUGGGUGGAGACCACAGCCUGGCGAUCGGCACCAUCUCUGGCCACGCCAGGGUCCACCCGGACCUCGGUGUCAUCUGGGUGGAUGCCCACACGGAUAUCAACACUCCUAUGACCACCACGACCGGGAACAUGCACGGCCAGCCUGUGUCCUUCCUCCUGAAGGAGCUGAAGGGAAAGAUGCCGGACGUCCCGGGCUUCUCCUGGCUGACGCCCUGCCUGUCGGCCAAGGACAUCGUGUACAUCGGCUUGAGAGACGUGGACCCCGGGGAGCACCAUAUUGUGAAAACCCUGGGUAUUAAGUAUUUCUCAAUGACUGAGGUGGACAGACUGGGCAUCGGCAAGGUGAUGGAGGAAGCGCUGGCCUACCUGCUAGGAAGAAAGAAAAGGCCAAUUCACCUGAGUUUUGACGUUGAUGGGCUGGACCCUUCCAUCACACCUGCUACGGGCACGCCUGUUGUGGGAGGUCUGUCUCAUAGAGAAGGCAUCUACAUCACAGAAGAGAUUUACAAGACAGGUCUGCUCUCAGGGCUGGACAUCAUGGAGGUAAACCCUGUUCUGGGCAAGACGCCAGAGGAAGUCACUCGCACAGUCAACACGGCGGUGGCAGUGACUCUGGCUUGCUUUGGAGUUGCUCGUGAGGGUAACCAUGACUCUACCAAGGACUACCUUUCGCCGCCUAAGUAAAUGUGGAGACAUCACAGCCUCACAGCUAAUGGCACAAUUAGCAAGCAUGGUCAUUCACUGAAGCCUGUAAUUAUGCUCCCAAAGAUGAGUUCUUUCCGAAAGAUGUUCUCCCAAUUGGUGUGACGAUGUGAGCAGGACAAAAGCCACCGGAGGCUUCUGUCUGGUUUAAAACUGAAUCUAAGCCAGCUUGACAGUGUGGCGAGCUUCAACCCCUUGCCUGUGACAACUUGUGUGGUGACCGGAUGGUGUGAUAACCACAGGGCCCGCAUGCCAAACUUGUCUUGAGAAACUCAGGAGAAAUGUUUUCUAAAAGUGUAUUCCUGCCACUGUGAGACUAGCAUGUUUGUACCAAACUGCCCGCGGCAGGAAGUGGAUGGGCCCCGGGUGCUGCUUGGGCAGAGCUGCCUGUGACUGGCUCUGCCCGUGCGGUCCCUGGGUCGCCCUGAGUUGUCCCCGUGCUGGUGCUGACCGGGGGAAGGCAGAUCCUGCACCUGGGCGCCCUGUCUUGCUGUGAAUGUGGAAAACGCUCGAUAAACCACUACAUUCGGGACAUGGCUUGACUCUCAGGGUCUUUGUGUGGCAGUCGCCGACUCCAUGUGGCUCCUCUGAGCCCCAGGGUGGCCCAACUCUGAGGGUGGCUCCGUGUCCACUCGAGACAUAAAUUCUACCAAUUUCCUGUUGGCAUGAAGUUUAAGAUUUGGCAAUUCUAAUUUUUGUGACAUUAAAAAGUUUAUGUUUCCUCUUUUGGCAAAAACUUACCCUUCAAUAAAGAAACAUACAUUAAUUUCCAAUUAAAAA